GCGGUGGCGGACGUGUGUACGUACGUGCGUGCAUGCGCGGGGGAGACUCGUAGUGUGUGGAGUGCGCGCGACGUUGCUGCCAUCUGUAUUGUCAAUGUUGUCGGGCAGCAGCAGCAGCAGGAGCACCAGCAGCACCAGCAGCAAACGUAAUGGAGCCGUGAGCAUUCUCGUAGAUGUACGCAAUUGCAUCAAUUCGCCCUUGCCGACCGUGAUCCGACGUGUAUACAAUGAGAUUUAACGCCGCCCGCGGCCCGCUCGACCGUCGACACGUGCAUUCUGAAGAAAAUCUGCUUUUCAGAUAAUAAAUAUAUGGAUAACUAUGUAGGUGCAUACAGUUCACCUGCAUGUGCCACGUACCACUAGCUUAUUUGGCAUAGUAGAAUGGCACAACGAGGCAAGAGGCAUAGAAACGACAAUGAUCUGGCGUCUUGUCCGGGCGCUAUUAAGAGGCGCAAAUGUAGAUUGGGCCCAGCUGCCACUGGUUCAUCGGCAUUGGCAGCAACCAUGGGCCCCUCUGAAGAGGAGGAAACGAUGGCGUCAUCCAGUCAAGGGGGGGCAUCCUGGACCGCCCGACCUGUCAGUGAUAUCAAGAUUCCCAGCAUAUACAAUCGAUCGUCCGCCGAGGCCCCGGCAGAGUUAUUUCGCAAAGAUCUGAUCAGUGCUAUGAAAUUACCAGAUAGUGAACCAUUAAGUCCACAUGAAUAUUGGGUUAUAACUGAUCAGUGGAAACAGGAGUGGGAAAGAGGUGUUCAAGUACCAGUUAAUCCGGAUUCUCUUCCCGAACCGACGGUUACUGUUACGCAAACAUCUCCAUUGAAGUUACAAACUGAAUUCAAAUUGCCUAAAAAAUUCGUAAGAAUAUCUCGUGAUGAUUAUUUUAACUCAGAAGAUCAUCAUUUAAGUACUACUCCAGCAAGAGCAGAGAAAGCUUGUGCUUAUGACCUUGAUGAUACUGAUAUUGCCUGGUUGGAAGUAUUUAAUGGUGAACGAGCUCAGGCUGGACAAAUGCCGGUUACAGAAUCGCAAUUGGAACGUGUAAUAGAAGAGUUAGAAGUACGGUGUUGGGAAAGGAUUCAAACAAUUGUGAAAAAUGAGGAGGGUCUCGGGAUUGAGUAUGAUGAAAAUGUCAUUUGUGAUGUAUGCAGAUCGCCGGAUUCAGAGGAGGGUAAUGAGAUGGUGUUUUGUGAUUGUUGUAACAUAUGUGUACAUCAAGCUUGCUAUGGCAUUACUUCGAUACCCGAUGGCUCUUGGCUAUGUAGAACUUGUUCGUUAAGUCAAAGACCCGACUGUGUAUUAUGCCCUAAUAAGGGUGGUGCAAUGAAGUGUACACGAAGUGGUCAAAAAUGGGCUCAUGUUUCGUGUGCACUCUGGAUUCCCGAAGUUAGCAUUGGUUGUGUAGAGAGAAUGGAACCAAUUACAAAAAUAUCCAGUAUUCCGCAAAGUCGGUGGGCUCUAAUUUGUGUUUUAUGUCGCGAACGUGUGGGUGCUUGCAUCCAGUGUAGUAUAAAAACAUGUAAGACAGCGUAUCAUGUUACAUGUGCUUUUAAAUAUGGGCUUGAAAUGAAGGCAAUUAUCGAGGAUGAAAUGGCGGACGAUGGUGUAAAAUUAAGGUCAUAUUGUCAAAAGCACAGUAGAACAAAUACAAAAGACAAAGUUGGCGUUGGGGGUAGCGUAGGAAGUAGUGGUGGAAAGGGAGGAUCAGAUUCCGAGGAUGGUGAAUCCAGACGGCGUAAACGAAAAGACAUGACUUCUGAAGAAAAAAAUCAAGCUCGCGCAGCCAAAUUGCAGGAAAUUGAAGCAGAAUUCGAUAAACAUGUUAGUAUAAAGGACAUUACCUCCCAGCAAUUGGAUAUAGAUCCCGACAGCAUUGUAUACAUUUAUAAUUAUUGGAAACUUAAAAGAAGAGCCGGUCAUAAUAAACCAUUGUUGGCACCUCGUUGUGGCGAGUUAUCGAGCGCGGGAGCACGUGCUCAGGGUCAAGCAGCGGACGUAGAGAAAAUGCGUACUUUUGUUCAGCUGCGCCAAGAUCUGGAACGUGUACGUAAUCUAUGCUACAUGGUUGGUCGUCGCGAGAAACUUUGUCGCAGUUUCCUGAGACUGCGCGAACAGACCUUCCACAAGCAGGUAAUGGUGAUGGCUGGGCCGCCGUUGUCUCCGGCGGCAGCCGUUGCUGUCGUCGAGGCCAAUCAUGGGCCCUCGAUAUAUGAUCGUCUCUAUUCCCAUCCCGAUGCUGAGGAUCAUACGCACGAUUUUGAAACGAUACUUGCCCGGAUUGCGGGUGUCGAAUCGCCCGCGCCGGCAUCGAGCGACGAAAAGAAAGUACAACCGGACUUUAAUGGCGCAUCCAACAAGAAGCUUUACUUCAACGGUUCUGUCAGACGAAAGAGCUUAUACGGCAGCGAUCUAUCGUCAAUGAGCAGCAGCGAGACAGACGUGACGAAAUCGGAAAGAAAAGUCGGAAUUGGCAAAUGCACGAACAAAUCUAAAAGUUUGAAGGUCGAAAGCGAAUCGAGCACGGAAGAUGAAGGAAACACAACGACGAAGAACAAAACUUCCGUCACUAGACGAAAAUCGAAAAAGAACGCAUCGGACAGAGGAUCGCGAGUCAAAUUGCGCGACAGCAGCGAAAGUGAUAAGCUGGAUAGAGUCAACAGAUCGCGUACUCUGCAACAUAUGGAACUUGGCACUUCUGGCAGUGAGAGCGAUGAAUUGUUGCCAUUGAACACUGGCUCUCGCGUUGGCCCAUCCGUUGCUUCUGCUAUAUAUUCGGACACCGAUUCAGAAUCGCAGGAACAUCGUCAUAUGUCCUCGCAGGAACCUCCUUCGUCUAUACUUAUCACGAAAGCCGCAGUGAAGGAAUUUUCGGCGGCAGAUAUAUCUAAAAAUAAUCAGAAAAACUUUGCGUCUAAGGAUGCUACAAAGUCGGAAUAUCAGGAUGAAUGUACGAAGAACAAGGAGAAUAUGAAAAACUCUAAGAAAAAGGAAUACAUACCAUCUGCUCUGAUAGUUCCGCAACGGCAAGCGGCAAAGAAGGCGUCGGAAAUUAUGCAACGAACGCAGAAUAAGAAGGAGAACACCACGAGUGAGCCUGUAGAAUUUGUGAAAUCGCCCGGAGAACCUUUGAAACCGACUAAAGAAAAGUCAUCUAGCAAGAAACAUCGUGACAACAAAACACCGAAGGAUGCUAAAAACAAUGAUGUUUAUGAUUUUGAUAAGGAGUUUGGCGAUGGCACAGAGAUUCUUGCUUAUGUACCGCAACGGCAGGCCGCGAAGAAAGCUGCGGAACAUAUCAAGAGUGGUAUGGGCACGAAAACUGCUCAACCAGAUCUCGAGAUUGCGGACAUCAAACCAAAGAAAGAUUUGCCGGAUGGCGGUAAGAAGAAGGAAAUUGUCAAGAAGGAAGAAUCACCCAAAAAAGAGGAAUUACCAACGAAAAAGGAAGAGUCAUCGAAAGAAAAACGGGGAAAGAAACAGAUGCCCGAGAGCAGUAACAGCGAGAGCAGCAGCAGUGAAAGUAGCAGUGGCAGCAGUUCCUCGGAAAGUAGUAGCGAAUCCGAUGUAGCAAAGAGUCCGGUACAGAAACUGUCGAAUAUUGUUAAGGAGCCAGCUUCCUCUUCGACCACUACUAAUACAACGUCCUCUGAAAGUGAUACCGGUAAUCAAGUGAAGAACAAAACCGUGAAUAAGCGACAGACGACGAAUAAAGUCGUAGACGAGGUAAUCGAGUCCGAGAAGAAGACUCUCGCGGGGCGGAAACUCAAAAGGCUGCCCGAUAAGAAGCUUAAAACUUCCGACGGGCGGCAUGGACCAGAGUUUCAGCCGCCGCUUAUUGAGAGAGAAGAAUCAAGUAGAGCCACAGUACCUAAGGAGCCACAGCAACAACAGCAGCAGCAGCAGUCACCUGGUAAAAAAAUCGAUCAAAGAGAUUCCAAAAAGUCAGCAUCCCUGCAAUCACAACAGUCAAUUGAACAAAGUGUGCUCAGUGGUUCUCGAGAUAAUGAUGGGCUACGAAGUGCUUCUGGGGCCAAGUCUACUAAGAAAUCAAAUCAGUCUAAGCAACAACAACAACAGCAGUUCACUCUCAGAAAUAAGGAAGACAGCAGCGGCGGCGGAACAACGCCCAGAACGAAGUCGGAGACUCGCAAACGAAAAUCAAGUGAGGUUACCACAAAGGACGACAAAGGUAACAAAGAAACGACACCGCUCAAGAAAGUGGAAAAGAAACUAACAGAGAAGAUAAACAAGGAAAUCGAGAAGGAUAACAAACAUGAUGCUAUUAGUAAUAAGAAUGUUUCCGCAGAACCUCCGAAAACGACUGAAAAUAUUACUAAGACGGAUGAUAAAAAAGUCAAGAAAACUAGCAAUAGAAAUGCGAUCAAUACAUUGGAGGAGGAAAUGAAACAGCGACGAGCAGAACGGGACAGUCCAAAGAAGUCGUCGAGGGGAUUGGAUAAGCUUCUCGAAAAGCGCGAGCAUUUAGAUAAACUAUCAAGGAGCAAAAUUGCUACUCAGGAGGAGAAAUCUGCAUGCAAUGAGAACAAAGACAAGGUCAUAACAGCGGAGAAACCCGUUAUGAAGGAAACUAUUAAAAACGAGAACGUCAAAAACCAUAUGAAUGAGGAAAUUGCAGUGCUAGAUGUCAUGAAAUUGGAGAAGGAGGAUGUGAAGAGAGACGUUGUUGAGAUUACGCCGGAGAAGUCUGCGGAUAGGAAAAAGAAGGCAGAGCAAAAACUCGAGAGCGAGACGCAGGCUGCUGUUGAGAUGAUAACGAUCGAAGAAAACAACGCUAAAGAAUCUAACAUUGAUAACAUCUGCUCAAGAUCGGUGCUCGACAAACCCGAAGUCGCGAUACUCGAGAAGGAGUGCCAGCAAAAGAGAAGGAAAUCCGUCAAUCGUUCUAUCUUUUCGCCGCAGCACGGUAGCAAAGAUCCUAGCGUGUCGGAGUUGUUCGACUUCGAUCAGGACAUACUGAACGAUGAUAUAGUGAACGACGAUGGCUUUAGCAUACCGCGCGAUGAGGAGCGAGGCGCGGCACCUCUUUCGUUCUCCUUCAAUAACGAGCUUUGGUUCAAAGAAGACAAAGAGGAUAGUGCGCGUGAAACUCUGCAUUUAGUGGAGAAAUUGCGUUUGGAACUAUCGAAAAAAUCGAAUUCUAGUCAGUUCGAAUUGGAAUCCGUUCCGCCGGAAGAAGAACUCCCGAAGAAAGAAGAGCCAUCUUUUCAUUCGGUAGAAAAACCAACGAUUGAAGAACAGCAACCGUUGCUUCAAACCAAGGUGGAUGUAUUGGAGCAACAAUCGGUGGAACAACAGCCGCAAUCGAUUGUGCAGCCGGUUGAGAUGAAAAAUAAUAGCGGGCCGGAACCCGUGCAAGUGUCCGAGGAUCUUACGUGCAAAAAUCACACUAUUGAAGACAAAAGAAAGCCCUGUUAUUCAAGCAAUAGCAAUAACGAGCAACAUUACAUGUACGGAAAUGAAGAACGCGAGACGGCCAAGGUGACAGUGGUAGAGCGUGCAAAGCUUGACAGGGCCGAGGCGGACGAGAGAUGGGUACCGCCGAGCAUGGACAAUUUUAAUCCAAACGAUGUGCAACACUUGAGCACGCUAAUCGACAACCAGAACCACCGUUAUGCCGCUGCGGCCGCUGUCGCGCAUCAAUUUCCGAACGACAUCAGUACCGUAAUGCCGGAUCCUACGACGAAUCCUGAUGCGGCUCUAGUCGCGCAUUUGCAGCUCAAUAUGAACAUGCAGGAUCAGUAUCUGCAGUUGCAGCAAACGCACCCAAUGGAGCGGGUGCAGCAGCAUCUUGAGGCGCAACAUGCCGUGGCACAGGAGCAAUCGCGUGUGCAAUCUCUCGCGAUGAUGGAUCAGCAGCAAGUAGCUGCGACUGGUGCGGGAAUACCGGCGCAGAUCGUCGACGAGAUCACGCCCAUGGAAAUGGUAAACCGUCACUUGAUCAGUCUACCCAACUCGGAAGACUGCGAUCAGAAUAGCGAGAUGGAUCGUGUACUAGACAAGGAGGAUGUCUCGUCGGAUAUCAGGCAGGACUAUGCGCCGAGUGGAUCGCCCUACAACGAGCUCAAUGGUCGUCCGGAUACGCGAUGGGCCGAGAGUCAAGUGCUGCCUUCGCGGAGAUCUACAUCGUCGUCCAUCACGUCCGCGUCCUCCGCAGAGGAACAUACAGCCAUACCACCUUACAAGAAUGCACCUCCGAUACCACCGUAUCCAUCGUGCACGAUAGACGCGACGCCUUACCAUUCGUAUUCGGAGACCAGCUCUUAUGGCGCCGGACCGGUGUCGUUGUUCCCGCCGCAAUCGUGCGCCGCCCAGUUGCCAUAUCCGUCGCCGUUCCCACCACCUUUCGGCGCACCUUUCCCGACGCCGCCAUCUUUGCUGCCACACGUGCCGAAGCCGCUCGAAGAAUCACUCAACAUGCAAGCGUCGCCGUGCACGGCCGCGUUUACCUCGUCGUCGCACAACAUGGCGCUCACCGCAGCCAUGGUAUCGCCAACGAAGGUGACUACGCCGCCACCGCCGGCACCGCCACCAACAGUACCGUCGGUGUCUCAACCACAGCAACAGCAGCCACCAUCGACGCAGCCGCCGCCCUCGGAAACACCGGGGCACACGCCGUCCUUGUUGCCGCAGCAGAUUAACUCACCUACUGUACCGACGUCCUUCCUCAAUGCCAUCGCAGAGACGCAAGUCAGCAGCGAAACCGUCGUGGAGAAUAUAACGGAGGUACUUGGCGCGGAUAAUAAAAGUGCAUCAUCGGGAAAGAAGUCGCCAUCAAAACCAACAAGAACGUCCGCCAGGGUGACAUCGUUGCAGGGUAAAUCGCCCGGUAAAUCGCCGCGUCAGGAAACCACCAGAGCCGCACCGACCGCUCGCGGUCGCGGCAGAGGAGUCAAGGGAUCUCAACAUUCGAGUUACCGCGGUCGCGGUCGCGGCCGGGGACGGGGACGCGGCAGAAACAAUCAGAAUGUGUCGAUCGCGAUGAUGCCACCGAUGUCGAACGCAUUGCACAACGACGAUUCGAUACAGAACAAGCUUGUGGGCACCGUGUAUGACUUUGAUUCGGAUGAGGACUCUGCGAAUGAGACCAAUAUCGCGGAUCUACGAACGAUGCGCGAAAGAAAAAGAUCCACCGAUGUAAACGAGAAGACGCGGAUCAGCGAACCGCUCGGCAUGGCGAACGACGGCGGUAUCCAGUCCCAUCUGUCUAGUCCCACGCUGCACACCGCAAAGAAAUACGCCGAUGACAAGAAGCUUUCGUCACCGGCAGCACAUCACGAUCAGGCUGCUUUGGCCAAAUCCGAUUCGAGCGUUGGUCAGGCGUUUGUCGACAAUACGGUUAUGCCGUUGCUGCCAGGUCCAGUAGAUAUGCGCACGUAUAACUCGACCGUGGAUCAACCGAGCUCAUCGGUCCACGGCCAGCCCUACGGCAAUCAUUUGCUGGGCUUCGCUGCGAGUGUAUCCGCCGAAUCGAAUUUGCCAGACAUCGACGAUCUGGAUAACGAGCUGUUGCACAGCAACUGUUACGUAUUGAAGAAGCUCGCUGGUAAACAACAGCACCUUGCGAGCGGCGGCUUUGAGGAUCCUUGCUCCAAACCAGUCUUUGCUGAUCCGUCAGUGAUGGAUCCGUCAUCCGCAGCCAGUUUUGAGGCCAAUAAAGUUUCCUUGACCGAUUCUAGGAAUCAGUUGAAGGUGAAGAUCAAAGGCCCAUUCCUUGACGCGAACUAUGUGCCGGCAUCGUCGGUACCACCAUUGGCCCAACAAGCGCCGGUGAUAAUCACACCGGCUGCCACCAGCGCGUCCGUUGCCUCAGGCACAUCGAAUCUACGUCGCAUGCGUAAGAAAGAGCUUCUACGCCAAUAUUGCUCGCAGGACAUGAACAUGGAUGAUCCGGUAUGCGGUAGCGUCGCUUCUGCUCCUAUAAUUCCGCCUGUCAAUCGUACAGUUAUCACCAUCCCCAAGGCCGUGGCGUCCAUGACGAGUAUACCAACUCGUGAUGACUACAAAGCAGUUGUCGACGCGAACAUGGAGAAGAAACGACGGAAAGAACGUGGUGGCGGUGGUAGCAGUGGCUUCCUUGAUGUAGUGGCUGGCGAGGAUGAGAGCAGUUCCGACAGGAGACGCGGUAUCGUGGUAGGAUCCAGCGAUCGUCGAAGAGGCAGACAAACCAGACCUACUGCAACUACCGCCGGGCCGCCAAAGCUGAAGAUCAAGAUCGGCAAUAGUAGUAUAAUCGGCGGUCAGGAGGUCGGCAACAUCCAGGACGAUCGUAGCAGGAUAAAACCGCCGAAGAAACGAUUGAGCAGUAUCCCGAGCACGCCCAGCAUGGAAGAGCUCCGUCGUGAGAGUAUGAAGUUCCGCAAGAUGAUUAUGGCGGGCUUUGACAACGACGAGAAGACGAAGAGCAAGCGCGACAAGAACGGCAAGCGAAAAAAGCGGCAAUCCAAGAAAGAGGCACGAGUGCAAAUCCUGGAGGACGGUCCCGCACCGCCCAAGAUCAUCAUUCGAUGGGGCAAGGUGGCGGGGGCGAAUUCCUCAACAACGGCGGCAACGAACAACGACGCACCGAACGACGCGCCGGCCACCGGCGACGAGGACGACAAUCAUCAACAAGCGUCAUCGGACAAGGAUAGCCGAGUGGGUCCACCGCCGCCCGAACCGACCCGCAAGGGGGACGAGGUGGGAAUAUACCCGACCGGGGAAAGCGGCGUCAACGAGAAGCAGCCAUCCACGGAUCCGAAUGCCGGUGUCGCUGCUCUCGGGAACGUCCGUUCGGCCAAGUUAACGCCGAUCCGGUUAAAACUCACGCGCUGCCAGGAGGGCUACGAACUGAAAGAUCCGGUGCGAGUAGCGAGUAGCGCGAGUGCGGACGACGAUGGUGGUGGUGGUAAUAGUAGUAGCAGUAGUAGCAGCAGCAGCAGCAGCAGUAGUAAUAGUAAUACUAGUGCGACGACAACGACGGUGACGUUGGUGAACUCGGUGGCGCCGUUGCCAAUCGGUGAUGUCGAGCAGGAAGAGGACGAGGAGACGGCGACGGCGGCAUCGACGGCGGAACGAUUGUCGGCCGCCGAUAUCGUCAUCCCCCCCGUUGCCGCCGCCGCCGCCGCUGAGACGAGAUCCGAGCAAAAGGAGCAGCAGACUCUUUCGUGCACGGAGAAACAAUCUUCCAAAGAGGACGAUAUUCCAUUGCUGCCCCAAUCCGCGAAUCACAGCUCAUCGCCGGGCCGUCCGCCCGCACCGCUCCCGCAAGGAUGCCAAGUUAGGUGAUAAUUAAUGAUAAUUGUAUAAUACAGUAAUUUAGUGGUUCUUUCCCUUAGACGAUUCUAUAUAUUGUACGCGUGUGUGUAUUACGUAUUUAAGUACGGCAUCUCACCGGGUUGGCGAUCCUCAUCCGUGUCGUACCUACGUAUACGUAAGAUACACCCGUCUACGCAUACACACAUACACACACAACAAUUGUAUAUUGUUCAAUGUUGAGACAGAGACUCACUAGAGAAAAAAAAAACGUUGUAAGAGUGUAAUAUAAAUUAUUGAUUAUUGUAAAUGAUCUGAGGGUGAAGUGAAAUUUCACAAAGUGCCCAAAAUUUACGGUAAAUACUGCAAAAAUAAAAAAAAAAAAAACACAUGCAUUUCUUCGGACGUACGAGCGACCCGCGCUAAGGUGUACCCUCGUUGCGCAGUCGAAUCUAUAAAGCUCACUUAUCUUUAUAAUCUAAUUCUUUCCCUUUAACAACGCGGAUCAAAUAAUUAAUUUUAUAAACAUUUUUAUAUCUACGGAAUAUAUACAUAUUAUUGUACAUUGAAUAAGUGUUUGGAUCGAGUCAAUCUCAUCUAGAACAAAAAAACAAUUGCUAUUGACACUUAAACAUUUGCUUCCUUUCGUGUUGUCACGGAUAUCAAAAGUUCUCUUUUAAAGAAAUUUUGAGAGGAAUGUUCUUGCAAUUUUGGCUGAUCGAUCAUGUAAAAAGACUUGUCACUCGUAAUUUGCAUCUAUUAUUUAAUUGGUUAAAAUUAUUUACCACCGGAAACUCCUCCCCGUCCCGUUAUCGUAGAGAAAGAAUUUCUCUUCGCCCGAAUACAAUUCCUUCCAAGCGUUGAUCGACGUGCAACGCUCAAAGAUUUUUCUCACGCUCGUCGACGCGACCUUCCAUCAAUAUGACCACAAGAUAGACUUUAAAACACACUUAAAAGAUCGAUAAAACUUAUUUAUUCCUUAUGUCUUGGAGGAGAACGAGGCGCGUGUUCGAGCGCAACAAUCGACACCUUAAUGAGGGUAUCGUUUAUCAGUGACAUAAAAUUAUCCUGUACAAAAAAACAUAUUUCUUAAAUCACCGCCUAGGGUCGUGAUUUUUCAAUGCUAGCUAUAAUGAAUUUUAAUAAAUCCACAACACACUAUAGAGUAUACAAUGUUUCGAUCGAUGAAUCUAAAAUAUCGAUUAACGUCUGGCGAGGGGAGCUUAUAUCAGCCAGACGUGAAACGUCAAAAGAGAAAAGGGGGAUACACAUUUUUCUUUUUUCUUUUUUUUUGUUCUUUUUACUUCAGAUUUUGACACACGAACAUACUCGUACACGUGAUUCACGUUGGGAAAGAAAAGGAAAAGAAAGAAAGAGAGAAAUAUAAAUGUAUCAUUGCUCUCGAGAAUUGCGUUCAUGGUGUCCUUUGUUUUCUUUCUUUCUUUACGUUUUCGCCUCAAUUGGUGUGCAAUUUGCGCAUACGAUUACGCAAAGUUAGACGCGAAGAUAUUUUUUUAUUAUAUUUUUUUACGCAUUAUAAUUAUGUACGCGCCUCUAGCGCGAUUUGUUACAUAGUCUUUUUUUUUUUUUAUAGGACACGAUGCGUCAUUAUUAAUCGUCAUCGAUUACCUAUUUUAUCUCUUUUUACGUUGUAGCUCUAUUUGCAUGUAUAUUUAUUUAUGACGAUCAAAUGUAAGACGCUAUUUAUUCACCACACAUUUCUCCUUCGAAAGUUUCGCAAAAAUUUUUAGACGAUUUUUCAGUUCAUCUUUUCCUCUUUGUUUAUUAUUAUUCUAAUUAUUUAUGUAUAUAUACACACGCUAUGAUACUAUUAAUUAUUAAUUUUUUUUUUUUUUUGUAUUUAUAAGUGUCGUAUGAUUUUAAUCUCACCACGUAGAUAAUGAGAGUUAUGCGUAUAAAAUACUCAUGGUUGAUGAAGCGGCGUGCCAUGUUUUGUACCGAUGUAAAAAAAAAUGAAAAAGAGAAAGAAAUGCGAUCGAAUUUUGUGAAAAAAAAAUGAAGAGGCUUUCUUUCUGAUACGCGUCGCACGCACAUUCGACGAAUAAUCACGAGAUAAAGAUAUUUCGUUCUUUUUUUUUUUGUGCGAGGCCGAGGAGCGACGCAUCUCAUUAUCAUCAUUUUCACCCUUUGAGAGAGAGAAGACUCCUGACAGGAUUGCUCGUACGCGUGUGCUUUUUCUCCCUACUUUUUAGUACCAGCAACUUUGAAUAAUUAUUAAUUUUAUGUUACGUUAAUUGCAAAUAUUUAAGAGAAGAUAUUGAAGUGAAAUGUGUUUAGGAAAACUUUUUCGGGGAUAAAAUAUCAUUCUAUUGUAUUGUGCAAGCACGUUUUCAGAUAAAUUAUUGCUCAAAUAAGGAAGUUCGAAAAAUUGUAACAACAUAUCGAGUUAUAUUUUACAAAAAUACAUCUUACAUAAUAUACAUAUACACAAACAUGACGCAAUAUAUACGAAGGAAAGUGAGAGAGAGAGAGAGAGAGAGAGAGAGAGAGAGAGAGAGAAAUAAUAAAUACAAUCUUUUAAAUAUACUUUAUAAAGGUUUUAGAGAAAGAGAGAUGCUGGUGUCUCUUUGUUAUUGUAUUUAUUUAUUUUUCUGUGUGUUUUUGUUAUUGCAUUUUAAGUUGGUGGUACAUAAAAGUAUCAAAGGAAGAGAAUUUAAAUUGAUGAACAAUCAAAACGUAUGACAUGAUCGAUCGAGGAAGAAUUAGCGGCGGUUGAAUUUUAGAUUGAUUGCGUGCAAUCGAGCUACAUGUCCUGCAAGACGCGAAAUUGCAAUUGUUUACGUUUUCAUCGAUUCAUUUUGUGCGCGCGUUGAUGGGAGAUUUCACCGAUUGCUGAUUCAUGCGAAAUGUGCAAUUAUUACGACGUCCGUAGGAGAAAAGGUCCUUCGUCCCGGUCCUCGCACAUUAUCGAUUGUGGAGUAAAAAACCUUGCGUGUCAGCAGUGUCUUUUCGAAUAACAAGGAAGAAAUAAGUUUAUUUUGAUAAAAAUGCAAAAAAUAUGGAUAUUAAAAUAAGAAUUUGAAAUACAUGAAUAUAACAGUCUUGACAUUUUUUAAUAUUUUUUCUUGGGCGGGAGAAUAAUUUUUUAUUGUUUUUUACUCCACAAUUGUAACGCGACACGCAGGAUAAGAAGCUGUAUAUACUCGUAUAUUGAAUAAGAUACAGGAAUCUAUAAUUGGUAUGAAGCUUAUAUAACGGCUGUGUUACCGUACGGAUUUUAUCUUCCAAAUGAUUUUAAGUUACUUUCUUUUUGGACGAACACAUUAAAAAAAAAUAAUUAAAAAAAAAAAAGAAAAAAGAAUAGAUAGUAUGCAAGAUUGCGCCGAAAGACUUUAGAUGCCUCUCUUCCAACGAAAAUCGUUUCUCGGAGAAAAAGCAUCGCAGCGCGGUUUGCUUA